AUGGCAAUUGUUAUGCAUGGUGAAGCUGACAAGUUAUGGGACAAUGACCAAUUAAUAGAGACAAUGCAAUUAGAAUCAACAGUGACAAAUUGUGGCACAAGUGAGGAUGGAAGACUGCCUGCUUUGGAGGAAAAUCCGAUGCCUUUUGUGAGAAACAUCCUUGAAUUGAUAAAGUAAUAUGGUUCGCAAAGUGAAAUUAGACACCUGUAAAUAAAUUUGAAAAGAC